AUGGACAGCACGCUCUGGCUACCAACAGCCUACGAACAUAUCGCGAAGUCCACCUCGAGUGGUGGCGAGGCUAGCCAUUUUCUCAGCUUGGCCCAGCUCCUACCUGCAGCAGUGCAGCUGUUUGUCUCCUUGUUCAUCGGUCCGCUCGCUGGGAUGGCCGGUUCGCUCAAAUGGCCAGUGUGCUUCCUUCUUUUGUGCUCGGCGAUGGGUAACUUCAUCUACUCCUUGGGUGCACCAGGGGCCAUCCACAAUGUCUGGGCCAUCGUUGGCGCUCGGUCUCUCCUCGGACUGGCCAGUGGAAGUGCAUCUUUGGCCAUGGCAUAUCUGACAGUCUCAACAGCUGCAGAUAAGAGGAUUGAGGCCAUGUCGCUCUUCCGAACAUUUGGCGGUGUCGCCAUGGUUCUAGGACCGCUUCUCAGCAUUCCUUUGACUCGCGUUCACUUUGCCGUCGGCAAAUGUGGCUUCACGGUUGAUGGCACAAACGCGCCUACAUUCCUUGCCGCUUUUACGUCGCUUGUGAUCGCGUCCUUGGUAGCUGUACUGCUCAAAGAUAAGUCGAAGCCGGCUCACAACGCCUUCGUCCCUCUCAAAAGCUUUUUCUCCGCCAAGGAUGAACGCUGGAAGACGCCAUGCCUUGUUCUCGGCCUCAUGCUCGUCUCGGCAUAUCUGAGCGCCAACGUGCUCUUCCUAUUGUCAGAGCUUCUGGCACAUCGCUGGCAAAUCGACGUCACCCUGGCCUCCGGAAUUCAGGCCAUUGUGUUUGCACUUUCACUCUUGGCAAGCAUCGCCUGCGGUCGCCUGCGGCAAUUCAUAUUGGAUUUCCUGCAAAAGGGAGAUGCAGAGAACCGGACAGAUACAGUCAAGGCGGAUUCCACGGAAGCCGCAAGCCAAGCAGCCGCCAAACUACACGCCGAAGUAUUGCUGACGCAAGCCUCGCAAGUCAUCUCGGUGAUUGCCGUGUUGCUGAUCCUGCUGUCAGUAUGCUUCAAGGGUGGCUCGGCAGCAACCGCCGUUGUGUUUGCUAUAGGAUGUACCUUGGCCAUGAUGGGCUACAACAUCCAGGCUGCCUCUCUUCCUUCGAUCUUCUCGCAAAGCAUACAAGCCGACUUGCGAGCGUCUUUGGUGCCGUGGUAUGCGGCCACUGUAGCUGCGGGCAAGCUAGCAGCGCCGCCUAUCACAGAGACCAUUGGCAACUCCACUGGCCAGGGAUGGGCAGCAUCCCAGAGCGUACCUCUCGUCUUGGGAAUGAGUGCAGUGGCCAUACUGGCUUUGGCGUCAAAGAGGCUUGUCGACGUCUGCUUGGCUCACGGCGCAAGAUGA